UUUUGCUUCCAGCCUGUGAGGUCACGAGGGUCACGUGAUGUUUUUUUCCCAGCAUGGAGCUGCUCGGGUGGGGAUUUACUGUGUGUGUUGUGCUGAACUGGUUUCCAGUGCGUGUGUGGGAGCUCAGGGAGGAUGAAGCUGACCUCUGAGGAUCCAGACCUCCAGCUCCUUAUGGCUGUAUAUGAUGAGAACAUCCUGAAGAAUCCUUUCUACCUGGCCUUGGAGAAGCAGAGACCCGACCUUUGCAGCCAAGUGGCAGAGCUCCACGGCAUCGUUCUGGUGCCGUGCUGUGGAAGUUUGACCCUCAGCAGCUACUCGGACUCUCACUUCGACAGCUAUGUGCUGCAGCCCGUGGAGGACGGUUAUAAGACUGCGGACGGGAAGGAGGUCCGGAUCCAGGACAGGCAGGUCCUGCUGGGAUCCGGGUUCCCGGCUCCAGUGUCGAUCCCCAUCCUGUUCGAGGAGACCUUCUACAACGACCGGGAGCAAAGCUACAGCAUCCUGUGCGUCUCCAGGCCCAUGGAGGUGGACCCGAGCCUGUCCGAGGUCAGCACGCCGUCUUCUUACAGCCUGAGGAGCCUGGAGGACGUCAGGGAGUUCCUGGGCCGCCACGCCCAGAAGAUGGACAAGCACAUCCAGAGCUUCUGUCAGGCCUUCAGGGAGCAGGAGAGGAAGGGACUCCGGCACCACAUAGACUCGGUGAACGGUCUUUACACUAAAUGUCUUCAGUGUCUGCUGAGAGACUCUCACCUGAAACUUCUGGCAAAGCAGGAGCUUCAGAUGACGCUCCUCAAACAGGCUGUGGAGAUGUACGUUCAUCAUGGUAUCCAUGAAUUAAUCUUUAACUUUGUGGGAACGCUUGAGGCCAGCCAGGACGCUGCCUUCAACAAAACCACCAGGAGUCUGCAGGAGCUGCAGCAGAAAGAGCUGGGAGUCAAACCCGAGUUCAGCAUAAACUUGUCUCGGGCUAAAAGAGAGCUGAGCCAGCUCAACCAGCAGACGUCCCCCCUCCUCAAACUGCUCUGCCUGCGUAGAGUCGCGCUGACCGCCACCCAGACCCCGAGACGCACCGUGAGCAUAGAAGCCGUGAGCGCCGACGACCUGCUGUCUGUCGUCCUCUAUCUGCUGGUGAAGACGGAAAUCCCCAACUGGAUGGCCAACCUGAGCUACAUCAGGAACUUCUGCUUCAGCCACUCGAGUAAAGAUGAGCUCAGCUACUGUCUGAGCACCUUCGAGGCGGCGGUGGAGUACAUCAACCUGGGGAAGCUGCAGAACUCUGGCUCUGGUGAGCUCAGCGACAAGGCGCUGUUCAAGGAGAGGAUGAGUCUGCUGACUCAGGGUGUAGCCACGCCCAUUAAUUGUCUGUUUGAGCACAUAGCAAAUGGAAAUGAAGAGGAGGUUGAACGCCUGCUGAGUGAUGGAGAGGCCGAUGAAGAUGUGAAGAUGUGUCAUCCUCUCUGCUCCUGUGACCUCUGUGACCUCCAGCUGUCCGGGUCAGUGUCCAAACUCACACAGACAAACACGCAGAGGUACAGAGAGUACUAUGUGUGUGUCUGUGUGUGUGUGUGUGUGUGUGUGUGUGUGUGUGUGGCAGGUCAGUCCCAGCUGAUCGACAUACUGGUGCAUAAAGGAGCUCAGGUGAACGCCACAGACUACCACGCCCUCACACCGCUGCACCUGGCGUGUCAGCGCGGGAACCAGGGAGUAGCGCUGCUGCUGCUGCACUACAAGGCCAACACGGAGGCUCAGGACAACAACGGCAACACGCCGCUGCACCUCGCCUGCAUGUACGGACACGAGGACUGUGUGAAGGCCUUGGUGUACUACGAUGUCCAAACGUGCCGUCUGGACCUGGUGAACGACAAAGGCGACACGGCGCUGCACAUGGCGUCGCGCUGGGGCUACGAGGGCAUCAUCCAGGUGCUCCUGGAGAACGGAGCGAGCACCCACAUCCUCAACAAGAACAAGGAGUCGCCGCUGCAGUGCGCCCUGAACUCCAAGAUCCUCAUGCAGCUGCAGUCCACUCAGAACGGCCGGAAGCGCUGCGGCAGCAGCGUCGACGUGAGUCUCAUCUGCACUCACGCUUGCAUCGGACAGAUCUCCAACAUCACAUCUCCCAGCCGCUCGCCUCUGGCCUCAGACUGCAGCAGCCGCCGCUCCUCCGUCUCCAGCACCUCCUCCCUGGGCUCGGAGGUCAAACCAGAGGGAGAACGGGUCCGGCACAGAGAGGUGGAGAAGCUGCUGCGAGCCGUGGCAGACGCUGACGUGGAGAUGGUGCGUUACCUGUUGGAGUGGAUGGAUGAGGAAGAGGAGGAUCAGGGAGAAGUACGGUCGGAGGCUCCACUUUGCCACCCUCUGUGUCAGUGCCCAAACUGCGCCCCCACUCAGAAGCUAUCGGUGCAGCAGGCGGGAACUCUCGGCGUAAACAGCUGCAACGUCGACGGUUUCACGCCUCUCCACGUCGCCGCCCUCCACGGACACUUGCCGCUGGCCACCCUGCUGAUCCGCCACGGGGCCAACGUGAACGCCCGCACCAACCAGAGCGCCACGCCGCUUCACCUGGCUUGCCAGAACAGCCACAUCCCGGUGGUGAGGUUUCUGCUGGAGUGCAACGCCAAGCUGAAUAAAAAGGAUCACUAUGGCAACACGCCGCUGAUCCACGCCUGCCUGCGUGGAAAUCUGGACACAGCCACCAUCCUGUUACAGAGUAAUGCGUUGGUGAACGUGGCGAACCUUCAGGGGAACACGGCGCUCCAUGAGGCAGUGCGGGGCGGGCAUCUGGCGCUGGUGGAGCUGUUGCUGAGGGGCGGAACCUCUCCUGGCAUCAGGAACAAGAGGCAGAGGACGCCGCUGGACUGCGCCUACGAGCUGGGCGGAAAGAACACUGAAAUCCUGCGAGCUCUGCAGAAAGCGUCUGGACUCUCCCCUGAUGAUGAACCGAUCAAACUCCUCUCCGUCCCCAAAGGAGCUCUGGCUCAUUCCUUCGUGCAGCGUCUGAGGCUGCAGGAUAACUCCAACAGCAGGAAGCAGAAGCUGGCUCAGUCCAUCAGCAGGAUGCAGCAGAUGAGGAAGGGUUCUUCAGGUUCUCCACCCAGGUGUUCUCCAAACCUCAGCCAGGUGAAUCCGGACAGGUGGAGGCUGAGGCGAGGCGAGACGGUGGCGGUCAGCAGCCCCACAGGAAGCCUCAAAGAGCGGCGCCUGGCUCGCUCUCACACCCUCGACACCGGAGCGCACACGCCGGAGCGAACGCACGCGCUGACCGUGGCUGACCCGACAGACGUCGCGUGCGCUCCUGAACUACCCGAUGGCGCCGAAUCGCUCUCCACCGACGCCUCCAGCUGCAGCACGGGCAGCGAGACCUCGCCGUCCACGCCAUCAACUACAUCAUCGCAGGUCGACAGCUCGGCCGACGUCCCGCUUGCAAACAUCCUGUCUGCUCAGUCUGACCCCGAAAGCCAGACCGACCGAGAUUUACACGCAGACUCUUCUGACGGCCGCCCUCGGCCUGGCGAGGAAGCUGAAGGCUUACCGUCAGAGCACAGGGAUGAAGACUCCACCCUUUAUCCCCUUAACCUGCCCUCCCCGACCCAGAGCGAAAGAGUCGAAGAGAGCAACGCCAAUCAGCAGCCAGAACCCAGCGCACAGUGAUGCAGGGAGCGCGAAGCACAGACGGCACGAGUAGCAAGAAGACCGCCGAAAGAAAAGCACACGAGACUCCGGAUCCUCACGAACCAAACGUCCUCUCACUGCAGCGCCUCGGGUUGUAUUUGUCCCGCUCGGAGGUUUCCGCCUCCUCAGGCAAACUGAAAGGGCGUCGGGCACCAUCCAUGUUUUGCGUCAGUGGGGACGUCAGAAACCUGGAUCAGGUUUAACCCGCACAGGCUCGGCGCCGCUCGCGCUCCCUUCUCACUCGUUAACAUAAACUAGAAGCUGCAUUUUUUCCACUGACAGGUUUCCGAACUUUGUUUUUCAGAUGUUUGAAAACUGCUCGGCCCUUUUGUGCGGAGGCGAGCGAGAUCCAAACCAUCCUCGCACGGGGAACUCUUUACAUUGAGCUUCAACACGAACGUCUCAGCUGAGUUUAAAGCGCUUUCCACUUCCAGCCUUCACGGAGAAAAAGGGAUGCAAGCUGAUUUCAUUUCUUGCUGUUUGAACGUCCUCGCUGUAGUUUGUGCUGCUGCUCUGUGCCGCUGACUUUUUUACUUUGGUUUAAUCAGGAUGAUCUUAUUUUAUUUAGGAGGGUGGAGCUCCGUGUGUCUCCCUGUCCGCUGCUGAACCUCGCUGCGAGCUUUUAUCCAGCAGAUUUUAAUCCAACACCACCGCCGGCUGUUUUCCAAAUCAAGCUGUUUGAAGGAUUUCUGUCUUUUUACCGGCGCUGAUGAUUUUUGAGCACCAACAUUAACACCGCUGACCCCUCGAGUGGAGAGUGAGCCACGUUUAUAGUUUGAUAGAAAAACUGUAUGGAGUGAAUUCGUAUGACAUCCAUCUGAAUACUGUAACGCUUAACCGAUGGGCGUGGCUUCUUUUGCAGAGAAGGAUGGGCUUCAGUCACAGUCACUGAACUGGACCUGUGGACUGUUUGUGCUCCUCACAAACUCUCAUGUAACACUUGAACCUCAUGGCUGAGGCCAUAAACUCAUCAGGAAGUGUUACUGACUCACGGUUUCCUGUACAGGAAGUCUUUUUGCGUCGCCCUCUGCUGGUCGUUAGAACGAAUGCACCUUAACACGCUUCAGCGUUGACUUUCCUACGGCCAUGUUUUUUAUGCUAUGACGUCCGUGGUGAUAAUUUAGCAUUUCAGCCUCUCGACCAAAUCCGUGCACAAAGAAAACGUGACAGCGGCCACAAACGUGGAGUGCGAGCGUUUCUAAACGGUCUUUGGUCCGAAGUCAGAGCUCCAUCAGCUCAGGUGGUUUAUUAACCUUCAGUAAGGACGUCGAGAACCGAACCAAACUGUCUGAGCUUCCUCUUGAUGCCUCAUGAAAUCAUGACAUCAUCGAACACAAACUGUGAGUCCAAACCCCAAAAACCCGACUCAGACUGUUCAGCCUGAUGAAUGACUGAAAACUGCAACAAAUCAGUCUGAUUUUUGUCCCUCUGUCAGGUUAAUUUCUAAGUUUCGGUCUCUGUACUUCAUGAAACGGUUGUAGCAACCUGAUGAAACGAGCGCGUCUUCAGAGGAAAAAGACAAACUGUGGUAUUCCAUCACAGCCGACUGUCCUGCUGUUUAAUGUUUCAUAUUUGUGGUUUUGACGGUUUUACUCGAGAGUCGAUUUGAUGGUUACGAGCAGAGUGCUGCAAACGUGUCUCCCGUCAGUGUCACUGUUUCCUGUCUCCCUCACACAGGAACCACCUUUAUGUUUGAACUUCAUCUGAGCGGAUGUCAAAGCCGAGUCUUAAUGAUGAUGUGAAUGUGCCUUAUUUAAUUUAAACCCAAAUAAACAAGAAUAAACCUGCGAUUCAGACAAAUGA